GUGCUCACGCGCAUCCUUGUCAGUUGACAAAUUCGCGUCAUCUGCGUAUCUUACGCGCUUCGCCCGCACUUCAGAGAUGUAUUGUUAAAUUUACAAUUAGUGCCUUGUCAGCAGCCGCAUCCACUAGUGAUUGGCAUACAAGGGCAGAAAAUAUUAAUUCUAGUUUAUAGUGAAGUGUUAUAUUCAAUUUUAAAUUAGUGUUUUGAUAGCAGCCGUGCCAAUUGGCGUUCACCAUUCAGUUUAUUACUUAACUUAAUAAAUAAUUUAUAUUUCAUGUUGUAUUCCAAUACUUGACUAGUUAAUCAGUGUAAUUGAUUGGAAUAGUAAAAUAUUUUUACAAGUAAUUGAACUAUUUUGAAAGAUGGCGGCUAAAACCGACAGUAGUGCGAAUUCGGACCUUUAUUUGGAAUUCGAGAAAUUCGGUAGAUAUCAUUUCCUACAGUAUUUGCUGGUAUGUUUACCACUCAUGAUGGUGUCAAUGAUACAUGUGAAUUAUAUUUUUGUCGCCGAAGACGUCGAUCACAGAUGUCUCGUCCCAGAAUGCGAGGAUACGAAUCCAACUGUGGAGUUACCAGCUUGGUGGCCGAAGGAUGUGGACGCUAAAUGUUUCCGACCCGUUGUCGAUAUGCGAGAGUACAGUAAAUCAAAUCAAACAUGUUCAAAUAACACAUUUGUCGAAAUACUGGAAGAUUGCCAUGAGUGGAUAUACGAGAAUGAUAAUUCGAUCGUUUCUGAGCUCAACUUGGGCUGCCAUUCGUGGAAGUCGACUCUAGUUGGAAGUCUUCACAAUGCUGGCAUGGUUCUGUCCAUGAUAAUAACUGGAUGGAUAGCAGACAAAGUUGGAAGAAAACCUACAAUUAUUGUAUGCUCAAUCGGUGGUGCAGUUGGACUAGCGAAAAUAUUUAUUUCAAAUUACUAUGCAUACCUUGGCGUUGAGUUCUUAGAAUCGGUUUUAGCUUCAGGGUUAUAUACUGUGGCUGUUGUUUUGUUAAUAGAAAUCGGCGGUGAACCAAAUCGAGUAUUAGCUGGAGUAAUAUUUUCAUAUGCAGUUUAUGUAGGAGAAGUGCUAUUUGCCUUCAUAGCCAUGAGCCUAAAAUAUUGGAAAACUCUUAUACUAGUCGUGUACACCCCAAUGGUACUAUUCAUUACAUACAUAAUAAUUUUAAAAGAAGGCACGAGAUGGCAAAUGCUCAGAGGCAGAACAGAGGAGGCAAAAGAAACAUUGAAAUUAACAGCAAGAAUGAAUAAGAUAAAUGUUAGUGCGAAGGAAAUUGAUGAAAUGAGUGCCGAAGAUCUAAGAUUUAAAUUCAAUGUUGUAAUGCAGAAAGAGAAGGAAAGCUUGAAGGACAUCCUGGCUUCCAGAGAGACGAUGCUACGUCUGAUAGUUACUUCAUUCUGUUUUUUCACCUCAAGUUUCGUGUAUUAUGGCUUAGCUGUCCAUUCAGUAUUACUACCAGGUAAUAAGUACACCAAUUUCGUGUUAACGUCUCUUGCCUCCUUUCCUGGAGAUCUGCUAGCACUUUACACGUUUAAAAAGUAUGGAAGGAAAGUGUCUCUACAAUGUGGCUACGUUUGUUCUGCAAUAUUUCUCAUCGCUCAGACUUUUACUCCUGAUUCACUAUCUUGGUUGAAAAUAUUAUUAUUCUUGUGUGGGAAACUUGGAGUAGUAAUUUGUUUUACUGGCAUAUACACCUACAGCCUGGAAUUGUUCCCCACAAGUGUCCGCGGGACGCUUGUUGGCGUUGGCAACACUGCCGCCAGAGUAGGCAGUAUGUUGGCACCACUUACACCUCUUCUGACUACUCAACUGAACGCGUUGCCAUCCAUCUUAUUCUCCACGACAGCGAUAGCAGCAGCUCUUCUCUUGUCUUUUACGCCCGAAACUAUGACCCUACCUUUGUUUGACACAAUAGCACAAAUAGAAACGUAUAAAGCUAAAGUUAUGACGCAUUUGUAAUGAUGACAAUCAAACUAGUUUAAAAGGUCAUAGUUCACUACGCGUUACUAUACGAGUAGUUUGUUCUUAGAAGCCCAAAAUUUUUUAUUUAGUAUUUUGCUUAAUUAUUAUUAAAUUAUUUUGUUUAGGUACGUUUCUGCAGACUUAUUGCUUAACUCAGUGAAUAUUUGUAAUUUAGUUGUGCUACUGUAUUAUGCGAAAUGUCCAAUCGUGUAUCGUCUUCUAUUAAUUGGUAAUUUUACUCAAUAACAGGAGUUUAACAGUAGGUAGGUAAUAAUUAUUAUUUUCUAUUGGCCACUUUGCUAAGCGCUUAAUAAUGACAUUUUUGAAGUGAAACUUCUUUAGACGCGUUGGGUUGGGAUGAGUAAAACUUCCAAAAAAACACCAUUCUUUUAUGGUUUUAAGUUUUCACUUCUGUCGGCAGGUUGCCACUGGAUGGGACUUUUGUAUAUCAAAAUUAUGAUGUUCACUGAAUUAUGUAAUAGAGCUACGCUAUUUGUAGUACAUACCUACCUACUUGACAAUAAUAAUUAUUGUAGUAUUAUUUAACUAACACUCUGACAAAAUUGGUUAAAAUGAAUAAAUGAGUGUUAGGGAAUAAGUUAAUUUUAUUAGAGCUUAGUUAAGAUUUAUUCAAACCUAAAUAAAAUUAGUUCAUUUCUAUGAAAAUGUUAGAUUAAGUAUUUGAAUAAUAAACGUAAGGCGGCAGCUAUCUUAUGAGUUGAAACAUUUAUACCUAGUUAUAAGACAUAAGUAAAUACAAUUACUUCAAUAGAUUUUAAGCAUUUUUUGGUAAUCGAAUAGUUUUAUUUAAAUACUUAUGCUAUAAAUCAAAAAUAAAAACUACCUGUAGGUACUUUUAAGUAGGUUUAAGUAGUAUCAAUAUACUCAUGAAUCCCUACUAAUAUUAUAAAAUAUGAGAAAAUGUGUUUUUGUUGGUUUUUUCUGCAACCAUGCCGCAAAAGAGCUACAGAUCGACGUGACUUUUGCGUAGAUAUAGUUCAAAACCUGAGAGAGAUUAGUUAUUAACAUUCACAUUGUAUGUGUGUCAUUCUAAUGUAAAUAAUGUAAUAUGUAUGUUUAGUUUAAGCUAGAGAAAUUUGAUCGCCUAUUAGCAGUUGUUAUGAAAUACGUAAAUAAAAUAAAUUAUUGUCUUCAUUUAUUUCCAAUUUUGAAUAAACUGAGUAAUACUUAA